ACAGUAUCAGAACAUACGUGUAACAAAUUGGGGUUACUGAUGGAUUUAGCAUUUGGAUUGAACAUUUAUAAUAUAAAUGCAAGAAAAUGUGAGGGUAAAUCUGCAGAUGCCAUAUUGUUGAAACAUUGUUCCGCGCCAAUCCCUGCUGGAUGGACAAAAGGAGUUCAGAUUUCAAGCAUUUGUGAUACAAUCACACCUUAUUCUCCUAUAGCCGAAUGGAAAAACAAUCAUUUGACAGACAUAGCUGGUGUUGUAGUUUCCUGUCAAAAUGGACGGAUUGAGAUGAUAUCUCAGUCUUGUGGAAGCCCUGUAUCACUACGUAACAUAACAAGACCAGCAUCAGAUAGAUUGUUUACUGUUCUAUGGUAG